UGCAUACGUGGCAUAAAUACGCAAACUGUUGGAGCAGCUCACUUUAUAAGUGUAAUAACGGCAGCCCUGUCAUAAUAAAUGGAAAGGCCUCAUACCAGCAAGCUGAGAAUGAAUUUCCUAAAGAACAUCCUUUGCCAGCUGUUGCUUUUCACUUGUAUAUGUGAAGCAGUUAACAGAAAUCUCCUAGAAUCGCCUCAACACUUUUGCGUCUCAGCUGGAUGUUACGAUGCGGGUAUUGAAAUCAUGUCCAGUUUGAACACAUCUGUGAAUGCUUGCGAUGACUUUUACCAAUAUGCCUGUGGUGGAUGGAUAAAAAAACAUGCCAUUCCUAAGAACACAAAUCGCUUUUCCGUCUUUUCCAAAUUUCAAGAUGAACAACUCAGAGAUAUGUUUACGGAGCAAUUAAACCAAGGUGCACCACUUUUCAUUCGCGUAUUAAAACAAAUAUAUGAUACCUGCAUGGAUGAAGUUGGAUUACCCAUCCUUUGCAUUAAAUCCUGAGUAUUUGUUGGUUGCGAAUGAUAGUUAUAGAAGACUAUACUUAACAUUGAUGUCUGAGGCACCUGGCCAUUUAGUGAUCGAGGAU